GUCUGUGGCUCCCCCUGCUCCUUCAUUUCUCCUUCCUGAGCCACCCUGAGAAGCAACAAGAAACCCAACCCAGGCAGGACCUGAGCCCAGGGUCCCCUCCGAGCCCAGAGCAUCCCCAUCCACCCCACAGGAACCAUUGGUGAAAAGCCAGAGUGGAUGUUGAUUCCCUCUCAGGAACCUCCUUUGCUGCUCCCAAAGGAGGCUGAUCCCCUCCUGACCCCCCUGCCCAGCACCAUGGUGGGGCAGAGCCCCCGGGAAGCUGGAGAGGGGAGGGCUCCUGUCCUCCUGGAGCCUUUUGUCCAUCAGGUUGGUGGCCACAUGAGCAUGAUGAAGUAUGAUGAGCAGACAGUCUGCAAGCCCCUGGUGACACAGGAGCUGAGCUUCUACCAGUCACUGCCCUUGGCCAUGAGGCAGUUCACCCCCCAGUACAAAGGCAUCGUUUCUGUUCACCUCAAGAAGGACAGUCUUGGCAACCUGACCCUGAUGGCCAGCCCCAGCCUGCAGGCAGAGAGCUGUGCCAGGCUGGAGAAAGCCAUCGGGGACACCUCGGUGACAAUCUGGCACAAGUGGGCUGCCAGCACCGAGCACACCCUGGUCACCUGGAGCCACACUCAGCUCACCAAAACCUUCAAAGAGAGCUGCCCAGGGAAGGUGCUAUUGAGGACAGACCUUCAGUACCACCCGGAUUCACUUUUGGAAGAUGCAAAAGGGAAGCAGGGAGAAAGGAACAGCUACAACCCCUGGGGACUGCACUGUCACAGGCAGCACCUCACCCGCAUGUCCUCCAAGCACAACGAGAACAAACUCCAUCAGUUUCUCUUGCUGGAGAAUGUGGUCUCCAAAUACAACUUUCCCUGCAUCCUGGACCUGAAGAUGGGAACCAGGCAGCACGGGGAUGAUGCCUCAGAGGAGAAGAAAGCUCGGCACAUCAAAAAGUGUGAGCAGAGCACCUCAGCAUCGCUGGGAGUUCGGAUCUGUGGGAUGCAGGUUUACCAAGCAGACACAGGUCAUUUUCUCUGCAAAGAUAAAUAUUAUGGCAGGAAACUCUCCCCAGAGGGCUUCAGGCAAACCUUGCACCAGUUCCUCUGCAAUGGGAACCACCUCCGGACCGACCUCCUGGAACCCAUCAUCCUGAGGCUGAAGGCUCUGCUGGCAGUCAUCAGGAAGCAAAGCUCUUACAGGUUCUACUCCAGCUCCCUCCUCAUCAUCUACGAAGGCCAGGAGCAGAAGGAGAACUCGGCAUCCUUGGAUAAUCACCUCCACAUCCCAAAACCAAGCUACCCCUCCAGGGUCGACGUCCGCAUGAUAGACUUUGCCCACACCACCUUCAAAGGCUCCAAGUGUGAGCAGGAUGGGCCAGACCAAGGGUAUAUUUUUGGCCUGGAGAACCUCAUCAGAAUCCUCCAGAACAUCUCGGAAAGCAAGUGAGAAUUCCUGGCAAAAGAGCUGGAAUUUCCCAGGAGCCCCCCCCCCCCAAAAAGAAGAUCCGGGCUGGGGUGGUUGUGUGGUUGCUGGACACCACGUGCUCCGUGGGGAAGGGGAGGACAGGGAGCUUGGUAGGGAAAAAAAAUGCAGGAAAACCCAGUGACUGAACUCAAGAGUAAAAAGCAGAGAGCUGAAAGAAUCCCUCCUGCCUGCCACCAGUCAGGUGAUUUAUUCUCCUUUCUCGUUUUACUCCUGUCCUUGAUUUAUUUGUGAGCCAACCACAAGCAGUACUUGAAAGAGUCUUAAUGAUAAAACAGGACCUGCUCAUCCCUCUGCUCCCAAAUCCAUGGGAGAUCCCAGGGGUUUUGGGGAAGACUGUAAAAAUGGGAAGAGAUUGCAGCAUUAUUUUCAGCUCCAUGAGCAAAACCCAAAGACAUUAAAAGCAGGAGAGAAAAAAAACCCACCCACCCUGACGCUCAUCCUCCCCAUCCCUGCACCCUGGGGUGCUCUGUGUACAGAAAAAUAAAUUAAAAAAAAAAGGACAUUUGAGAUGCUGCAAAAGUUCUGGGAUGCUUCAGGGGUAAGAGCAGAAGAACCUCAGACCAAGAACUGGACCUUGAGAAGGUUUCAUGGCCCUGCAGGUUUGUAACAGGGCUUCAAAAACUCCCUAAGCCAAGGGCUCCACAGGGGCUGAAGCAGAGGAAUGGGAUGUGAGGACUUUGUCAGAUAGCAGGCACCAAAAAAAAAAACCCCAAAAAAUCCCAAAAACAUUCACACCAAGGCGCUUUUUUUUUUUUUUUUUUUUGCUUGGAGAAGAAAAAAAAAAGGUAAAAAAAAAUAAAAAUAAAAGGUGUGAGAUUGAGUCAGGGAGUAGAUAUUAAAGGUCACCUAGAAAUUCUUUUAUAGAAAUCUUGUGUGUGUGCUUGGAAGAGACAAUCACAAAAGGCUCAAAAUGAUGUUUACAGCUUUUGUGGACAGAUUUUAUUAUUACAGAACCAACACAAACCUUUCCUGCAUGGUGUGGGAAACCUGACAGAGAAAUCCUUACAGAAGGAAGAGAAACCUGUUACAGGAGAGUGGGGAUAGAAAUAAAAUUAUUUAAGUAUCUCUCA